AUUGUAUGUGGUUACUCACACACACUUGCCCUGAGUGAUGAGGGUAGCCUUUGGGCAUGGGGUGCUAAUGGAUAUGGCCAAUUGGGCACUGGUAACAAGGCCAACCAGUGCGCUCCUGUCAGAGUAGCGCAGGAUAUUGGACGCAUUGUGGACAUUGCAUCAACACAUUACUGCCACUUGUCAGCUGCCAUGACUCAAAAUUCCAAAGUAUACCUCUGGGGACACUGCAAAGGCCAGAGUGUAGUUGGCCCUCUGGAAACAGGUUUUAGUAGUCUCCAUGAGGUUUUUGCACUGUGGGCAUCUCCGAGUGUGACAUAUGAACCUCUCAACGUUACCUCUUUUACGCGCUCAUCUCUAGCACAAGCAAUGGCAUUAGCACUAGACGAUGAGGAAACCGCAGACGUAGUCUUUGUGGUGGAUGACCGAAGGAUAAGAGCCCAUCGAGCUGUGCUGAAAAUUAGGUGUCAGUAUUUCCGCAACAUGUUCCAAGAGCACUGGAAAGAAAAUAGCCUAGAAGAAGUUGAAGUGAAAGACUACUCAUUUGUAGUGUUUCGAGCCUUUUUGCAGUACAUCUAUACAGACACAGUCAAUGUUUCACCGGAAGAUGCAAUAGGUUUAUUAGACUUAGCAAAUGCAUACUGUGAAGAAGCCCUAAAACGACACUGUGAGAGAAUAAUACGCCAUGGCAUUACUACAGAGAAUGCUGCUAUGCUUUAUGCUGUUGCCAUUAAAUACGAAGCAACGGAGCUGGAGGAGUUCUGCUUCCGCUUUGCCCUUAACCACAUGACAGAAGUCGCACAAACGGAAGCCUUCAUGGCCCUUGACGAAUUGACUGUGAAGAACUUUAUCCAGCGAGCAGCACAGCAUGGUGCAUUUAAGUACUGAUAUUCUAGCUACUUGUUGAUGAGAAUCUCACAACAACAACAGCAGCCGAGGCAUGGUCACCAUUCUUAACAUAACACAAGUUUAAGGGGCGGACAACGAGGGUCAGGAAUGCGAUGGUCAGGGGGGUGCUGAUGACGAUAAGCUUUCUUAUGGUAUGGGACAUAAUGGUAGGGAUAUUGGGACUUUUUCUCAAAAACAAAGUACAAGAGUGAAAAAUAUAUUAAAAGGUGUGUGAUAGUAAUAGGGCUUAUACUUUUAAAAAGUGACUUGAAUCUCCUGCUUUGACAAAAUAGGAAAGUGUACAUGGAACUAUUGUACUUUUUGUACCAUGGACUGAUAUUUAGGGGAUAGGGAAGAAAUGUGGUAUAAUUGAUUGAUGGAUGGAACAAUUUAUUUCCGAAUCCUGUAAUCCUGCUGGUCUCCAUGUGGAUAAAGGUGUGUUUUAGCCAAUGAAGUGUGUAAAUGUCUGAUGGCACAUUAAAUCUUUCACUUUUCUUUCACAGUACACCCUUGUACUAAUUUAAGUUGCAUGAUUCACAUUUAAUUUUCAUAUUCCCUUUCUCCGGUGAAGUUGUGUGUCAUAAAUAGGCAAUAAUAUGAGGUGUAGGUGGCCCAACAGAUUCUAGCAAAGAAGAACCAUUUGGCAACAAGUGAUAGGUAUUUAUAGCCAGUUAUUCUGUAGGGCACCUGACAUCCCGAUCACGUGACACUGGCAGUUCUUGGCUAUGGCCAUUUGUCUCGGUGUUCCAGUCCGAGGAAUUGCAGUUAGGUGGUUUCUUAUGUGCUUUGUGUUUUCUGUUAUGAUUUAUGUUAUAUAUAUGGCUCUUGAUACCAAAGAUAAUUAAUUAAGAUAGGGAAUUUAAGUUUGUAUGUGUUUUCUUUUUGUUGGUGUAAAUGAGAAAGGUUCUUACAAGAUUUGAAAGCUGUUUGUGGAUUUUGUAGAGAAAGUAAUGAAAGUGUCUGAAUUAGUAGUUUCCAUUUCUCUUCAAGCAUAUUAGAUGCAUACAAAGAUCUAGGAAUAUGCAACCAGAAAAAAAAUACACCACACAAAGAAAAGGGUAAUAAAUUUCCUUUCCAUCCCAGUUCAUUGAUUUAUAGUGUUACAAACUAGUUGUUUUUUGUUUGUUUUUUCAAUACAAGCAAUUUAUUUGCAACCUCAUUGUU